AUGAGAAAAUUGAAAUAUCAUGAGCAGAAAUUAUUAAAAAAAGUAAAUUUGUAUGAUUGGAAAAGAACAAGAAAUAUAAGAGAAGUAAAAAUUUUGAGAAAAUACGUAAUUCAAAAUAGAGAGGAUUAUACAAAAUAUAAUAAAAUAUGUGGUUAUAUAACAAAAUUAGUUUCAAAAUUAAGAUUAUUACCAGAAAAUGAUGAGUUUAGAAUUAAAAUGACUGAUGAAUUAUUAGAUAAAUUAUACGAUAUGGGUUUAAUAAAUUACAAGUCUAGUUUAGCUGAGUGUGAAAAAAUCUCUGUUUCAUCUUUUUGUCGAAGAAGAUUAGCAGUUAUGUUAUUCAGGUUAAAAUUUGUUCAAACUAUACAGCUAGCUAUAACAUAUAUUCAACAUGGUAAUAUAAGAGUUGGUAAUAAUGUAAUUAAUAAUCCAUCUUUUCAUAUAAAUAGAAAUUUAGAAGAUCAUAUAAAAUGGGCAGAUGGUUCUAAGAUAAUUAAACAUAUACAAAAACAUCAAGAAAAUAAAGAUGAUUAUGAACUUCUUGGAAAUUAG